AUGUCACAACACAUGAAUUCAACGUAUGUGCGUAACUACCGUAAACGCACGCAGGAACAACGGGAGGAUGACCCUCCCAAGCAGCCAAGAACCGCUGCUGAACGAGCUCGGGAAUAUCGAGCGAAGAAGAAGGCAGCCAAAGGUGAAGCGUCAUCCACUGCUGGGUGGGACGCUGGAGAAGGCCCUUCAACUCGAGUAUUUCCACCGAUGCGCUUUCUUCCCGAAGAAGCCAUCUUCCGCGAUAAUCUCAGCGAUGGCGACGUUUCGUUGUGUGAUUCACAACCAUCUAUUGCUGUUCGUGCCACACCGGUACCUAUAAUGCAUAGAGGAGAAGAGGACAUCUCUUUUGCUGAGCAUGCUAGCCAGGAACCAUUCGAUCCGAAUCUAGAAGGAGCAUCAGCAGAGUUCAACAAACGUUUUGUUGAAAAUCGUUUUGGUUUCCCAUGUGGUGUUUGUGACCGGUUGUGGUUUGUAAAUGACCUAAAGCCGCUUAACAACGCCGAAGUGGCUGUGUUGGCAACAGCAAACAACACUGUCGGAACUAUUCCAGCAUGUAAGACAUGCCAUGCCAACUUGAAACGCGGUCAUGUACCGUCACUUGCCGUUUCGAAUGGUUUUCGGUUCCCGGAAUUUCCUACGAAUCCACCACUUCCACAACUCGAUCCGAUUGCAGAGCGUUUGAUCUCGCCACGGUUGCCUUUCAUGCAAAUUCGGCGACUGCGUUUUGCCGCAGGGAGCUAUGGCAUAAUCGGACAGGUCAUUAAUGUACCUGUAGAUGUGGAUCAAAUGGUCAAGGAGCUUCCCCGCCAGCUGGACGAUGACAGGGCGUUCAAUGUUUCCAUUAAGAAGCAUUUGAUACAUAAGUCCGCCUAUCUGUCAGGAUUUGUGAAGAAGGGGACGAUCAAAGCCUGGCUGCAGUACCUGGAGAAUACGCCACUGUAUCGUCGAUACGGUAUAACUUUCAACGAGGACCAGUUGAAUGCCAUCGAUUCUGCAGCACAAACUACGGAAGAUGUAAUUGACACGGUCGAAAAUAGCAAUGAUGUCGAAUUGCUUAUAGGACAGCAGCAAACACUCCUCUGGAAUGAGGAUAAGUGUCUGGAGAUUGCUCCGGCACAGAACAGAGUUCCGCUGUCGAUCAUCUACGAUGAGCAUGCCGAAGAAUUAUCAUUCCCGGAUGUACAUUUGUGGCAACCGAGGACUUACAAUCCGGAAGUACGGGUGACGCCGUAUAUGAUGGCCACCAGUGAACUGCGGCGCAGUGACCGACGAGCUGCCAAGCCCAGGCAUGUAUUAUACGUUGCUAUGAAGAUUCUGCGUUUGCGGGUAUCUGAGGGCUGCAAUUACUGGCAACAGCGUAAGAACGAUUUGUUCGCCAUGAUCCGGCAAUUAGGGAAGCCAACUAUGUUCCUCACCCUGAGUGCCAGUGAGACCAAAUGGCCACACCUGUUGCGAACUUUACAAAGCUUGUCCGGUGGGAAUAGUGUCAUCGACGUUCAGAAUCUAUCGGCAUUGCAGCGAGCCACUCUGGUGAACGAGGAUCCGGUGACAUGCUGCAUGUAUUUCAACAAGCUUGUAGACGUCAUUAUGCAGCUGCUUCAGUCGUCCAGAUACAGCCCGUUUGGGAAGUUUCGCGUUGUCGAUUACUUCAAGCGGAUUGAAUUUCAACAUCGUGGCAGUCCUCACGCCCAUGUUCUAAUCUGGCUGAACAAGGAUCCAAGUGAACCGAUCUCGGAGAACAUGCCAAAAACAGUAGAACUGAUUGACAGUCUAUGCUCCGUUGAUUCGACUGAUUUGCCAGACACGUACGCUAACCAGGUGCACAAGCAUACGUUCACGUGCUUCAAGCGUAACGAUAAGAGCUGUCGGUUCAAUAUUCCAUAUUGGCCCAUGGACCGUACAAGAGUGCUUUUGCCACUUACGGGGGACGAUGGACGCAGGGCACAACUUAGAGCACGAUCCAUCACGAUGCGUAAUGUUCUGGAGACGAAAUUGUUCGACACGCUCGAUCAAUUCCUCGUAGAGUGCAACUGUUCACACGAGUACUACCUUGACGUCAUUCGCAGCUCGAUAAGUCGACCUACAGUGUUUCUGAAACGAGCGAUGAUGGAAUUAUGGACGAACCCGUUUAACCCAUGGAUAGCAAAUAUCCUGCGAUCAAACAUGGACCUCCAGUUUAUCCUUGAGGAGUAUUCGUGUGCUGCGUACGUUGUCGAGUACGUGAACAAGACCAAUCGUGGCAUAAGUAGUUUGCAUCGGGACCUUGUGAAGCUGCAGGAAGAGUUUCCGGAUCAGGAUUACAGGUCGCUGCUGAAGAAAGUGAGCCUUAAAAUGCUGAAUUCGGUAGAAAUGUCAGCGCAAGAGGCCGCAUGGUAUCUGCUCCGCCAGCCGAUGUCCGAGGCCAGCCGAAAAGUCGUAUUUAUUCCCACCAUGUGGCCACAUGAGAGGACCAAAACCAGGAAGCGUAAGCAACAGAUCGACGAUGAAGGAAUUCCCGAUGAUUCUGAAGAUAUAUGGACGUCAAAUAUAAUUCAGAAAUACGAAGAUCGCAGGGAUCUUGAGGACGUCUGUUUGGCUGAAUUCGCUGCUUACUACACGAAAGCGCAAAAGUCGGCAAACACCUACAAUCGCCGUAACAUUGCACGCGUAUUGCGGUGGCGUGCGUACGCUAUGACAGAGCUCGACGAUUACAAGCGUGAGAUGGUGUUACUAUUCCUUCCAUUCCGUAGCGAAAUGUGUGAUGUGCUCGAUUGCAACAAGUUUCUACAGUUGUACGAUGAGCAUGAAACCGUCUUGAUGCAGAAAAGAAAGAUAUACGACUGCGAGUUGAACCUGGAACACACUGUCGAACAAUAUUUGCGUAUGUGUGGUAUGGAGGCUGAUCAGGAUCAGGAAGCCACCACGGACAAGCACGACGAGUACAUCCGGGCGAUAAACAUGAAUCCGAACGACGACGACAUACAGAACCUGCCAAUUCAUGCAUUGAACGCCGUGGUUAAACAGCGGUCCAAUAUCAUGAGCAAGCAGGCUUACUGUGAACUGGUUCGAGCCACGAAUCCUGAACAGCGUUCGUUGAUUCUGCACGUCAUCCACACAAUGCAUAGCUUCGACGAUAACGACAAGCCGAUGCAAAUCUUCUUCACGGGUCCGGCUGGUAGCGGCAAAACGUUCACCUUGCGAAUACUGAUGGAGACAUACAACAGGUUCAGUCAAGCACAUAAUGCACAGAACAACGCAUAUACAAAACUCAAGCUGAGUUUUGAAACGCUCCAGCUGUACCGAAAUGCGUUUGCACAUGUUCAGGCAAUCAUCGUCGAUGAAGUCAGCAUGAUCGGUGCCAAUGUGUUAGAUACUGUUCACGCCCGGCUGCAAGAUAUUAAGGCGGAAUAUGACGAUCCAUUCGGUGGCAUGAACAUGAUUCUCGUUGGAGACUUCCGCAAAUUCUAUGCACGGUGCCGUACUCUGGCAAUCGUUACGAUACUUCCUCUCGUCCGAGUCAUGAGGCAGAGUGACGAGCAGUUUUCUGCCGUACUGACGAAGAUUGGAAAUGGUGAACGAUUGACAGACGAAGAAACCAAGCUGAUCGAGAGUCGUUUCCGGACAGUGCAAUGGUGCAGAGAAAACGUCCCGAAUGCUGUACGUCUUUUCCACCGUAACAUCGACGUCGACCAGUACAAUAGCGAGGUACUGAUGGAAACGGACGGCGUGGACUGUAUAGCUGAAGAUGUGUUCUCUGGAUACCGGAACAAUGAGCAGCUAGUAAGUGCCAGGAACAAGCUUCAUAAGAUGAGUGUUGUGGAGGCUGGUGGCAUGCCUUAUCUGCUGCGUCUUACUCUCGGCAUGCCGUACAUGGUUACGACAAACGUUGAGGUAGAUGAUGGUAUCGUUAACGGUGCGAUCGGCCAACUCAUGCACAUCGAGCUGAAUGAAGAUGAACCAGAACAGCGAAUGGUUCGGCUUUGGUUCAUGUUCGAGAACGAAGCUAUAGGAGCGACACGAAGGGUAAAAUCCAGGCCCUUAGUGUGUUUCAAAGCCAGGCGUCUUGCAGCCACAAUGGACACCGAUUACCAGGCGGUCCGCGAACAUCACCCUCGGUAG